AUGGCUUUUCAGGUCGGCGGGGAUGAUCUCAGGCUGGCUCGGAUCGCGGAGGCGAUUCGUGUGAUUCCCAAUUUUCCCAAGCCUGGUAAUCCGUUCCGGCUGCGUAGUCUCCCUCCCUGUUUGGCUUUCGCAACAUUCGAUGUCCGAUUCCCUCCCUCCCCCCGAACUCGCUCUUUUAGGGGAACGUUAAGAGGUGAUGAUUCUGUUCCUGAACAUUUUUUUUGUUGUUGCAGGGAUAAUGUUCCAGGAUAUUACAACCCUGCUGCUCGACCCUAAGGCAUUUAAGGACACUAUCGAUAUGUUUGUCGAGAGAUAUAAGGACAUGAAUAUCUCAGUAGUCGCUGGUAAUAGCUUCCCGGGAUUACGUUUCAUCUUUUUUUGGUUUGUUCUCAAGCGUUAGACAAGUCAUUGUUUGAGCUCUUGUGUCCCUUUUUUUCGUUUCUUCUGACGACGAAUUUUUGAAUAAUGGAGACGAGAGAGGAACAAAUGCUAACAAAUGUUGUUCAUCAAAUUUACUGUCUGAAUUGACGACUUUAAUUUAAGGUUUUUUGGUCAAGGCUAGAGCUUCUGCGUCCAGAGUUCACUCGGAAAAGAUGAGAACUAAAAUUAGAUGAAAAGAUUACAGCCAUGCGGCGGUUUGGCCUCCUCAAUGCGGAAAUCUAGAUUUAUUCACCACAUGUCGAGCCCCGCCAGACCAUGUAGAGCCCAAUGUAACUGUCCUGGAAUUAACGGUAAUAAUUCUGAAGCGGAUCAUAUUAGAUCGGUCAAUAUCAGUCUUUGGGGGCGGGGAGGGGGGCGAGUUCAGAUGGACAUAAUACAAAAGGGGCAGAUAAACUAUAUGGCGGAAGAUUGUAAAAAAAAAAAUCACAAUUUGUUAUCCCCUUCUUGCUUCAUUCUCUUCAUCUUUCUACCAGCAUGUUCUGUAAAGCUUGUAUUUCUUCCUCUUCUCCUUCCAUUGUUGGUGCGCGGACGGCCAUCCUUCCUCCGUUUUUGGAACGAUAGAUAAAAAUUGGUAUUUAAAUCAGAAUCAGUUGUUCCUCAGUCCUCGAUUUUGAGCCAGUUUUCAAUGUUCCCAAAGAUUAGUUACCAGAACUAAACUGCACAUAAAAUUCAUAGGACUCAGACAGCAUUGAUGCUGGAUUUUAGAAAAUGCUUGUAGAUUAGUUUCAUGGUUUUGGUCUGUAUUUUUGUGGAAAAUUAAGAUCACUGGUACCGUGCCUACUAUGACAUCAUUUGACAACUAGUUGAAAAAGAAAUGGACAAAAGAUAAAUCUAUUUUUUUAAAACUACAUAAGUUAAAGUAAAGUUGACUAAGAAAGUGGGUAUUUUAGAAGGAAAGAAAAAUGGUUCACAGUUUUGCAGUGAACCAUGUACUUUUGGCUUUAAUUUUCUAAGCGCUCAAAUCUUCGUAAUUUUUUGUAGUCAUGACAGCUGGCCACAAACUAUCGAUGCUUUUGCUUUUUAUUUUCUUUUUCGAUUGUCUGAUGUUGACAUCUUCCUGUUUUUAAAGUGAUUUUCAUUUUUUUCAAUUAUCAAGGUAAACGCCUGUCUUAUUUCUAGAAGAGAAGAUUGGCAGAAUCUGUGUCACAUCACUGAAUUGCUUGAGAUAGUUGCUGCUAAAUCUGGACCGUACUUUAGUCUAGUUCCGUUGUAAAGUUAAUUUGAUGUUUAUACUUUGCGCAGGAAUUGAAGCAAGAGGCUUUAUAUUUGGCCCACCUAUUGCUCUGGCCAUUGGAGCAAAGUUUGUCCCGAUGAGAAAACCAAAAAAGUUGCCUGGUAUCUCUUUUUCUUUGCAUGUUUCCUAUUUCUUAAUCAGUUUUAUAGUUGCCUGUUGAUACAAAGAUAAGCUGACUUAGUCGACAAAAAAAUCAUUCCAGUAUUUUUUGUAUUGCUGAACUGUCUAUCCUCUUUCAGAAAUAAAAGGACGACAAUGCUAGUUCAAAUAUCUUUGGGGUUAUAAAGAUUUUAGUCAUUGUUCAAAAGAAAACUUCUAGUAUUUAAACUACAUGUUUGAUUUACUUCGUAAGUCUCACUAGCCUGCUAUGUUAUCAUUGCUACGAGAAACUUGUGUGCACUGCAUUUGUCUUCUGGAAACAAAAGACUUCUCCCUUACUUUCAGAGGUUGAGUUUUCUACGUGUCUAAAUGACGGUGGGAUAUUUAAAUUCGUGGUAAUAUGGCAUAUUUUUCCCAUCAUUAUUCAUUUUAUACAUGACGUUCAAAUUUAUUUAUUUUGCUGCGUAACUGAUCAUCAACAGAAAUCAUUAUUAGUCUAAUUGUUCAAAUCGUACUUCGUUAUUUUCUGAAAAAAAAAAGAGUUUUUUUUCUCUACAUAACAACAAGUGCUAUUAUAAUUACUGAGCAGUAGCCAUAGUCAACCCACCCUUUCUCAUGGUUUAGCAGCUCAAUCUCAUUCAGAGAGGCCAGAUUAGGAUUCAACCUAUGUGAAUCCCAACAUCCCUGCGGAUAUGUUGAGUUCGCAGACCGGAGUGAUAUUGAGCCAAAUCAGCAUCACUCGUAAUCAUGAUGAUCAGGAACCUAUGAGAAUCCAAUAAUUUCAAAAAAAUCAUAGAUAGAUAUAAAAUGUUUACUAUGCCUAUUCAUUUUCGAUGCUCAUCUUCCGUUCCUCUCUUAGAAGCUUGUAAAUGGGGUUUGGACGGGACCAUGUUACUCGUGCCUAUCUGCAUUGUCUUUGCCAAAUGCUUCUUUAAAAGGACUACACAGACAAAGGUCUGAUAGUUUUCCUCUCUCGAUUGUACAAGCGGCAUGCAUGUAAAUGAUUGUAUCAACUUGUUGCCAGUGUGCAGUCUUAAUAUGUGACUCUCCAAACCAAGAGGCAAGGUUUCACACAACUUUGGCAAAGUGGCCUUAACGAGUUGACAUACCUAUCGGCAAUCACCUUGUAAACCUAUGUCAGGUCUGAAGGCCUUUUCAAUGAUCAUUUAAGGCUGCGAAUAAGCUAAAAAAAAUUCAAUAUUGACAUCACAUGGGCAGAUAACUACAGAAGAUUGGGCGUCACAGAUAUCGCAUUUAUUUUUAGGCUUGUGAGCCGUAUACGGAUAUUUUCCUAUCAGUACGAGAAAGCAUAUUAAUACCUUGUCACUUAUAAAACUAAACGAAGAAUUGAAUUACCAUGUAUAAAAUUUCGUGUCUAAUCUUCUAAAUUUGUGAAUCUAUUGCUCUGUUUCUCUAAACAAAGUUGAUUUACCAUGUCUACUGAAGAUACGGGACCAACUAAUACGCCUAUCGGCUCCCUAAAGGAUGCGUAUUUCAUCCCUUUGGUGAUGAAGAUAAACUUGAAAGCGUCAAGCCAUCUAUCUGAAGAGAUAUCAACGAUCAUUUUCUUAAGUAAACCAACAACUGUGUCAAGACCAAUUAUUUUAUGGUGAAUUGCUUCAGAAGUGAACCCAAAGUCACACUUCUGCGUGCCUAAAAAAUUUGAAAAGAGCUUGAUUCUGAAAUUUCUUGCCAUUCAUUUUCCAUUGGUCCGCUGUACCUUGAUAGGUCUCCUAUUUUCAGGGAUCAGCGAUGUGCUUUCCAGGCCUAUUAUUUUUUUUACGAACAUAUGAAUCUAUCUCUUCGCAGUUAACAUUCCUGGACCAUGUAUGUCUUAUCUAUUGAAAACACAAUGUUUUGCAGGUGAAGUAAUUUCAGAAGAGUAUUCUUUGGAAUAUGGAACAGAUCGAAUUGAGAUGCAUGUAGGAGCCGUUCGGGAAGGAGAACGGGCUAUUAUUAUUGAUGAUCUUGUUGCAACAGGGGGAACUUUAUGUGCUGCUAUCAGGCUACUUGGUAAUUUCUUAAUGAUGGAGUUUUGAAUCUAUCAUCUUAUUAUGUAAUGAAAAUCUGGCAAUUUCAUUGUUUCAAGAGAACUUCUUAAUUGUGUAUAGUUUGCCAUCAUAUCGGGAUUACUAUAUUUUGUUAUCCCUCAUCACUUUAAUUGAGAGUCAUUCCAAGUAUGAAACAUAGAGAUAAGUGCAUUCUACAAGGAUAGACAUUGGCGACCAUCUAACCAGGUUGACCAGGUUUUUCGUUAUUGGGCUUCGUUUUGAAGGUAAUCAAUUUCCAUGGUCUGAAAUCUGGUUGAUAUCCACAAGGGAAAUAUGUGUCAGGAAGUUUUCCUCAAGUGGGAAGAUGUCACUGGAGUCGAGUUCCGGAUGCAUGGAUAUUUGCUUAUUUUAGUAUUUUUCUGUAUCCUCCUUAGAAAGUGCCCCUUCCUAGUCCUUGUUUCGACGGUAAUUAUUGGUUGGCACAACAUUCAAAUAAGCAGGGCCCGAUCUGAUUUCUGCUCGGGGAUAGGGCAGGCUUGUCUUAUCGUGGGUAGAAGAAUGACCAAGUUUGUCCUGGGAUAGGCUCGAUCGAUUCCAGACUAAUCCGACAGGAAUAAGUUUUAAUCAAUUACGAUUUGGAAGCUUAUUGUUUCGCUUGAAAGAAGAGAAAAAGGAGAAAAACAACAAGACUGAGAAAAGGGACAAUAUAUUGCAGUUUAUGUCCUAUAAAUAUGGUAUUUUUUUGUUGUAGGGUGUUGUUCACACCUUGCAUUAAAACCACAUUUUUAUCAAAUGCAUCGUUUUGAAUGACUUGCUUUCCGGCGUGGUUGCAAUUUUUUUUAUUUCCACCUUUAGCUAAUCCAUGAUAUAUGCGCUGAAUUCCCUAUAUUUUAGAUUCUCUGAUAAUUUUGGUCUCAGCAUUCGAAUUUCCCAUGUUAAUUGCUUUUAGUCAAAUGAUAUAGUUCGUUAGAUUAAUCAGAUUACAUGGAAACUGGACUACCUUUUUGGUUCACUUUUAUUCAUAGAUGGUAUGCAUUGAUCUUCCUUUCCUCUUGCUACUUUUGCAGAACGUGUGGGUGUGAACGUGGUUGAGUGUGCAUGUGUUAUUGAAUUACCCGAACUAAAGGUUAGGCUUUCAACCUUCUAAACCUAUUUGCAGAUGUCUACCUUUCGUACUAGUUUACUGGCAACACAAAAUCAACAUUAUAGCUUAUAGCUUCAAAGGCAUAAUGAUUAUGUUUUUGUGCGAUGAAGUCACGAAGAGGAAUUGCUCGGCAAAGUGAAUCAGCCACAAUGUUCCUGAAUUUACGAGGCCAUAAAUUUUAGAUUGUUCUUGAUUAAAACCAAUAGAAUUCAUCACGAAUUUUGUUUUUUUAAGGUAGCAAUUUCUCCGUUUUGGUACCUGACAUGGCACUUCUGUGUCUUCUUCUUUGUUCCAAAGUAUUUUCCGGCAUGUUUGGUCAUAUAUCUACUUUUCGUUCAGAAAACUUCUCUGCAGUUGAAAAUUUUGAAGAUAUAAAAUUUAAUACAACCUAAAAUUACCAAGAAGAUAAUUUUUUUGCUUCUAUUGAGGGCACCUUGCCUUUUUAUUUGCCUUUGUUGCGAAAGGCUUCAUACCUGAUCCUCUGAAGUAAACUUCUUUUGAUCUCACAAGGCAAUAGUGAAGAACUGCAGUAGAAGGUUUUCUGGUUGCUCGAAAGCAUAUAAUAUACUGUUCAUAAUUUUUCUGAUUCAUUUAAAUAUAAGGAAUAUUCCAUUAGCAAAUUUCUGAUUAUAUUUCUACCAAAUCUCAGAACUCAUUUCCAUGUGCAUUGACAUCCCAAAAAAUGGUUGACUUAGGUCAGAAGUUGGGAAGUAAAGGUUCUAAAACCCCCUUUUGUUUUCACUUUAUUGAUAUGCUUUGUCAUACAUGAGAAUUAACAUAUGUUAGCAUUGGAAAUCAGAGCCCUUUCCUGGUCAUUAUGGUUGAGCCAGAAGACAAAUCCAAGACCACUGUCCCGCUAGUGGUGCUGAUAUUGGUUCGGAGUUAUAUCCGCAAGGCACAACCGAGACCAGAAUAAUAAAAUGGCGAAAAGGUUUCUAGAAAGUAUGACACAGGAAUGUCUUUUGACAUCCACGCUGCUUUUCAGAUUGACAUAUCGCAUUAGGUCAACUUCUCGUUAAUGGGAAUUGUGCCAAGGGAUUAUUUUGUGACACACACAUCUCAAUAUUACCAUUAGUGGAAUGAAUGCCUUACCUAUAAUGUGGAACCAAUUUUGUUUGAGGCUCAAGUUGACUUCGGAUCAACAACUCAUCUCUAAUGCGGAUUUUUUUCUCGUUGACCCAGAUAUCGACCUUCAGGGUUUGACCUUACUCAUAUAGACUAAUGCAGACUUCUGAUUAUCCAGGGACGAGAGAGAUUAGGAGACAGGCCCCUCUUCGUCCUCGUUAAAGCGUUUUGA